AUGCCCUCCUGGGCCCUCUUGGUGGCCACCUCCUGCCUCCUCCUGGCUCCCCCAAACCUGGCACAAGUCACCAGCCAAGAUACCUCCUUGCUGGCCUUGGACUCAGAGCCUCUGAACUGUUUUUCUCAAACAUUUGAGGACCUCACUUGCUUCUGGGAUGAGGAAGAGGCAGCACCCAGUGGGACGUACCAGCUGCUGUAUGCCUACCCAGGGGAGGAGCCCCGUGCCUGCCCCCUGAGUUCCCAGAGUAUGUCUCCCUUUGGAACUCGAUAUGUGUGCCAGUUUCCAGCCCAGGAUGAAGUUCGUCUCUUCUUCCCACUGCACCUCUGGGUGAAGAACGUGUUCUUGAACCAGAAUCUGACCCAGCGGGUGCUCUUUGUGGAUAAUGUGGGCCUACCAGCUCCCCCCAAUAUCAUCAAGGCCAUGGGCUGGAGCCAACCAGGGGAACUUCAGAUCAGCUGGAAGGCCCCAGCUCCUGAAAUCAGUGAUUUCCUGAGGCAUGAACUCCGCUAUGGCCCCAAGGAUCCCAGGAACUCCACUGGUCCCACAGUCAUGCAGUUGCUAUCCACAGAAACCUGCUGCCCAGCUCCGUGGAGGCCAAACCCAGCCCCAGCUCUGGACCAGGCUCCAUGUGCACAGCCCCAACAGGAUGGACCAGAGCAGACCUCCCCAACUAGAGAAGCUCCAUCUCUGACAGUGAUGAGUGGAAGCUGCCUCAUCUCAGGGCUCCAGCCUGGAAAUUCCUACUGGCUCCAGCUGCGCAGCCAACCUGAUGGGGUCUCCCUCCAUGGCUCUUGGGGACCCUGGUCCCACCCUGCAACUGUGGACCUGCCUGGAGAUGCAGUGGAAAUUGGACUACAAUGCUUUACCCUGGACUUGAAGAAUGUUACCUGUCAGUGGCAGCAACAGGACCAUGCUAGCUCCCAAGGCUUCUUCUAUCACAGCAGGCCACGGUGCUGUCCCAGAGACAGAGACCCCAUCUGGGAGAAGUGUGAAGAGGAGGAGAAAAAUCCAGGAUUACAGCCCUCCCAGGUCUCCCGCUGCCACUUCAAGUCACGAAAUGACAGUGUUAUUCACAUCCUUGUGGAGGUGACCACAGCCCAGGGUGCUUUUCACAGCUACCUGGGCUCCCCUUUCUGGAUCCACCAGGCUGUGCGCAUCUCCACUCCAAACUUGCACUGGAGGGAGGUCUCCAGCGGGCAGCUGGAAUUGAAAUGGCAGCACCCAUCAUCCUGGGCAGCCCAAGAGAUCUGCUAUCAGCUCCGAUACACAGGAGAAGGCCAUCAGGACUGGAAGGUGCUGGAGCCGCCUCUGGGGGCCCAGGGUGAGACCUUGGAGCUGCGCCCGCGCUCCAGCUACCGGUUACAGCUGCGCGCCAGGCUCCAUGGCCCCACCUACCAAGGCCCCUGGAGCGCCUGGUCCGCCCCAGUGAGGGUAGAGACCGCCUCGGAGACGGCCUGGAUUUCUCUGGUGACCGCUCUGCUCCUGGUGCUGGGCCUCAGCACUCUCCUGGGCCUGCUGCUGCUGAGGUGGCAGUUUCCUGCGCACUACAGGAGCCUGAGGCAUGCCCUGUGGCCCUCACUUCCAGACCUACACCGGGUCCUAGGCCAGUACCUUAGGGAUACUGCAGCCCUGAGUCCGCCCAAGGCUGCAGUCUCAGAUGUCUAUGAAGAAGUGGAACCCAGCCUCCUUGAAAUUCUACCUAAGUCCUCAGAGAAGACUCCCUUGCCCCUGUGUUCCUCCCAGACCCAGAUGGACUACCGAGGAUUGCAGCCCUCUUGCCUGGGGACCAUGCCCCUCUGCAUUUCCAGUGUGCACCUGCCCACGGCUGAGUCGGGAUCCUACUGCACCACUCACAUUGCCAACCAUUCCUACUUACCACUGACCUGUUGGCAGGCUCCUCGCUCCCAGUACCCUGGACAGAUCCAAACCCUCUAGACCUUUCUUCCCACCCUCUCUACCUACCCCACCCCACCCCCACAACCUCAGACCUCACUUCCACCCUCUUUGUUGACCCUUGUAGCUGGGUUUCACAACACUGAUCUUGCAGUACUGCUGAUGACAUAAAUCCAGGAGUCUCUUUCCUCAGGCAAGGCUCAUUUAUUUGAUUAAGCUCUAAUUUCCACCUUCUUUCUCUCACCCCUUUAAUGCCACACUUCCCCACUUCUCAUUUGCUUUUUGGACUACUUCAAUUAGUUCUUCUACUACAAAUUUGCUAAUGAAACUGCCCAGGCAAAGUUCAUCUCAAACUUUAUAAUUGCAAGAUCCAGUAGGAUCUUGUUAACCCUCCAUUUAUC